AUGAAACGACAGAAGCAAAACGGCGGUCCGUCCCAGGAUCACGUCUCGGGCCAGAGCAACCGCACGCUAUCCAAGCCUGCGCACGCCCUCGAGGCUGGGGCUGUUGCCGGUGAGCUCGAGACGGACUACAUGAGCGGUCUCUCCGUCGCCGAGGCCGAUCGCCGCCUCGAGGAAUUCGGACCCAAUGAACUGGGCGAGGCCGAGGGCGUCCAGCCCAUCCGCAUCAUUGUCGCUCAGAUCGCCAAUGCCAUGACUCUAGCUCAUUUAGAACUCCGCCAGGUGCUGAUCCUCGCCAUGGCCGUCUCCUUUGGAUUCAGGUCGUACAUCGAAGGGGGCGUCAUCACUUUUGUGAUCCUGCUCAACGUCGUUGUCGGCUUCUUCCAGGAGUACUCGGCUGAGAAGACUAUGGACUCGCUGCGGUCGCUUUCUUCGCCGAGUGCCAGUGUCAUCCGUGGCGGGGAGACGAGAGUCGUUCCCUCGGGCCAGGUAGUCCCUGGCGAUCUCGUAGAGAUCAAGAUGGGCGACACCAUUCCCGCUGAUAUCCGUCUGAUUGAGGUCGUCAACUUCGAGUCCGACGAAGCCCUGUUGACUGGCGAGUCCCUUCCCGUCCGCAAGAACGCCGGCGCCGUCUUUGAUGACGCCACCGGUCCGGGCGACCGUCUUAACGUGGCCUUUAGCUCCGCCACCGUGACCAAGGGCCGCGCCAGAGGCGUCGUGUUCGCGACGGGCAAGUGCACCGAGAUUGGCGCCAUAGCUUCCGCCCUCCAGCAGAAAGACAGCAAGGUCCGCCCCGUCAAGCGCAAGCCGGACGGAUCCGCCAAGCCGUACCGCUACCUCGAGGCCUUCACGCUGACCCUGACUGACGCCAUCGGCCGCUUCCUCGGCGUCAAUGUCGGCACUCCGCUGCAGAAGAAGCUGUCGCGCCUGGCCAUCCUGCUCUUCUUCUCGGCCGUCAUCUGCUCCCUGAUCGUGCUCGGCGCCAACAAGUUCGACGCCAAGCAGGAGGUUAUCAUCUACGCCGUUGCCACGGGCCUGUCCAUGAUCCCCGCGAGCCUGGUCGUCGUGCUCACCAUCACCAUGGCCGCCGGCACGAAGCGCAUGGUGCAGCGAAACGUCGUCGUCCGCAACCUCAAGUCUCUGGAGGCCCUCGGCGCCGUCACCGAUAUCUGCUCCGACAAGACUGGCACACUGACCCAAGGCAAGAUGGUCGCGCGAGGCGCCUGGAUCCCGGGCAAAGGCACGUACAUCGUCGAGACCUCCAGGUCGCCCUUUGAUCCCACCCACGGAGACAUCCACUUCGACCCGCGCCAGCCUCGCGAGAUCAAGCUCAACGACAUGGCCGACCUCGCCCAUAACAACGUCGAUGCCAAAGACCUGCUCUCUGAGAGCAAAGCUGUAUUGUGCCAGUUCCUCCGCGUUGCCUCCCUCGCCAAUAUCGCCACUGUCAUGAAGUCCCAGGAUGGUGAAUGGCAGGCUCGAGGCGACCCCACCGAGAUCGCGAUCCAGGUCUUCUCGUCACGCUUUGGCUUCAAUCGCAUCGGCUUUGUCGGGGAGGAUGACGGCUCCAAGUGGACCCAGAUGGCGGAACUUCCGUUCGACUCUGACGUGAAGCGCAUGUCUGUGGUCGUGAAGGAGAACGAGACCAACAAGCUAUUCGCCUUCAGCAAGGGCGCAGUCGAGCGUGUCAUCGAUGCCUGCACUAGCUACUGCCCCCAAGACUCCGAUGACACCGUGCCAAUGCACGACGAGUUCCGUCAGGAACUGCUUCAGAACAUGGAGGUCCUCGCCGCUCAGGGGCUCCGCGUGCUGGCCCUGGCGUCUAAGCCGUAUGCCGGGGAGCUCAAGAAGGGCGACGACGUGGACCGUGCUUCCGUCGAGUGCGAUCUGGUAUUUCGGGGGCUCAUCGGCCUUUAUGACCCGCCUCGCCCGGAAUCCGCCCCUGCCGUCCGCGCCUGUCACGAAGCCGGUAUCUCUGUCCACAUGCUCACGGGCGACCACCCUCAGACCGCGAGGGCCAUCGCCAUCGAGGUCGGAAUCCUGCCUUCGCGCAUGAAUCUCAUCGCUUCCGACGUGGCCGCGGCCAUGGUCAUGACCGCCGCCCAGUUCGACGCCCUGUCGGACGAGGAGGUCGAUCAGCUCCCCGUUCUACCCUUGGUGAUUGCCAGGUGUGCCCCCAACACCAAGGUCCGCAUGAUUGAGGCUCUCCACAGGCGCGAGAAAUUCUGUGCUAUGACCGGAGACGGUGUGAACGACUCCCCUUCGCUCCGCCGAGCCGACGUUGGCAUCGCCAUGGGACAGGCCGGAUCUGAUGUUGCCAAGGAGGCCUCGGACAUUGUCCUCAGCGACGACAACUUUGCCUCCAUCGUGGCCGCCAUCGAAGAAGGCCGCCGCAUCUUUGACAACAUCCAGAAGUUCGUCCUCCACGUCCUGGCCGAGAAUAUCGCCCAGGCCGGAACCCUGCUGGUCGGGCUCGCCUUCAAAGACAAGACCGGCUUCUCCGUCUUCCCCCUGGCGCCCGUGGAGAUCGUCUGGAUCAUCAUGGCGACCUCGGGCAUGCCGGACAUGGGCCUCGGCUUCGAGCGCCCCGUGCCCGACAUCAUGAAGCGGCCCCCGCAGUCCCUCAAGACGGGCAUCUUCACCCUCGAGUUCUUCAUGGACAUGGUCGUCUACGGGCUCUGGAUCACGGCCCUGUGCCUCGGCGCCUUCGUGCUGCGCGUGUACGCCUGGGGCAACGGCGACCUGGGCGAGGGCUGCAACGACGCCUACUCGGACCAGUGCGAGACCGUCUUCCGCGCCCGCGCCACGACCUUUGCCUGCCUGACCUGGUUCGCCCUCUUCCUCGCCUGGGAGAUGAUCGACCGCCGCCGCUCCUUCUUCCGCAUGCAGCCCGGCUCCGACCGGUACCUGACGCAGUGGGUGCACGACAUCUGGCGCAACCAGUUCCUCUUCUGGGCCGUCAUGCUCGGCUUCGCCACGCUCUUCCCGCUGCUGUACAUCCCCGUCAUCAACAAGGUCGUCUUCAAGCACGUGGGCAUCUCGUGGGAGUGGGCCAUCGUCUUCGUCGCCGCGGGCCUCUUCUUCGCGGGCGCCGAGGCCUGGAAGUGGUGCAAGCGCGUCUACUUCCGCCGCCAGGAGGGCAAGGGCGGCGGCACCAAGUGGAAGGACACGGACCUGGAGCAGCGCGCGUUCGGCACCUACCUCAGCAUGUCGUCUUCCAUGGACACGCGCGCGAGCACCGUCCUCGAAAAGACCGUCGCCGCCAACCAGCCAAGGGAUUGA